CAUGUUUCGCACAGCAACAGCCACCUCUCUUGCCUCACGGUUCUUCAUCUCCAUUAAUCACCCCCGGAUAGCGCCACUUACCAUUCCGCUUGCAUCGUUAACGAAUCAUGCUCCGAGCCCGCUCGAAGGUACGGUCCAGCGCCAAUACAACCGAAAACGGAACCAAAGCGACGAACACAAUCAACAACGAAAGCGACACACAGGACCGCUACACUUUAUCGCCGCCAGCUCAUUUCUGUCCUGGUUCAGCAAAAAAUCCGACGAUGAAAAUACGCCCGAAAGUCAGCUGAUCACCAUCAUCAAACGUUCGAUCCUAUCGAUACAGAAGGAAGAAUAUCAAAAGGCGGAGCAAAUGUUACAUCUCGCCCUAAAGAUGGCACAGGACUUGCAGAGCAAGGAUGGCAUCACUUACAUCUACGACAUUAUGGCCAAUCUAGCGAUGGAGGUGGGAGAUUUUGCCAAAGCAGAAAAGCUCUUCGUCAACGUUAUGCAGCGACUGUUUUCGGACGGGUUUCUAGAGGAUCACAUAAAAAUGCUACACAUAAGCUCGAAGAUAGCGCAUCUGGCGCAGCUGCAAGGGCAUCUGGAUAAGGCGGCACAAGGAUUCGAAUGGACGUUGGCGAAGCUGGAGGAAAAGCUGAAACAGCUCGGCGAUGACAACGGGAAAGAGAUCCGGGAGCUGUGGGGAAUCACCAAGAACUGGUACGCUCAACUGUUGAUGGAGAGUAAACGGUUUGCGGAAGCGAAACAAGCGUUCCUGCAAGCGUACGAAGCGUACACCGAGAUACACGGGAAGCUAACCGAGGAAGGGCUUACGAUACUGAACAAUCUUAGCGUGGCGUGUUCGAAUCUGGAAGAUUACGCUUCCGCGGAACGAUUCUUAAAGGAGGCCAUUUCACUCGCAGCCCAAAUUCCGGAUCUUUCGGAAGCGGGCGUGUACAAGGCGAACCUCGGCUUGCUGUACCUUCAGCAGGGCCUGCUACGACAGGCGUCCGAGUUUUGCACGUUCGCCUGGCGCUAUGGCAACCAACACAAGCACGAAGAGACUGUGAUACAGGCAACGUACUGUCUGGAGCAAAUUAAAGCGAUGCAAAAGUAAUGACCGUUC